GCGCGCGAGGUAUCAUGGAGGAUCAGUAGGCAAACUGUGGCCAUCAGAGGAGAGCAGCUACCCGCUCCGACCCCGGGACUUUUUAUCAACUGUUCGCCGGUUUCUGCUUUUCAAAAUUUAAAACCUCCGAAAACUCAACAUGGACAUGAAGAAGAGAAUCACGUUGGAGCUAAGGAACCGGAGCGCGGCGGAGAUAGCAGAGCUGGUGGUAGAUAACAGUCGUUCAGCAGACGGCGAGGUAGAAGGUCUGACGGACGCCUUCACAGAGCUCGAGUUCCUCAGUAUGGUCAAUGUGGGGCUCAGCUCGCUGGCUAAACUCCCAUCACUGCCCAAACUACACAAGCUGGAGCUGAGCGACAACAACCUGUCUGGCUCUCUGGAGAUGCUGUCGGAGAAAUGUCCCAACCUGACCUACCUCAACCUGAGUGGCAACAAGAUCAAAGAGCUGAGCAACGUGGAGGCUCUGCAAAACCUGAAGAGCCUGCAGAGUCUGGACCUGUUCAACUGUGAGAUCACGACUCUGGAGGACUACCGCGAGAGCGUCUUCGAGCUGCUGCCGCAGGUCACGUACCUGGACGGCUUCGACCAGGAGGACAACGAGGCGCCAGACUCAGAGGCCGACGACGAAGACGAAGACGGCGAGGACGGAGCGGCGCCGCCCGGCGACUACGACGAAGACGAGGAUGACGAAGAGGAGGAAGACGGCUCGGAGGGAGGAGAGGUGGGGCUGAGCUUUCAGGUCAACCGGGCCGAUCAGGACGACGAUGAUGAGGACGACUACGCAGACGAAGAGGAGGAAGAAGUGAAAGCGGUAGCUCAGGGCGAGAAGAGGAAGAGAGGCGUGGACGCCGAAGGCGAGGAUGACGAAGACGACGACGACGAUGACGAAGACGACUAGUCUCUGCGGCUCUCUCUGUGUGUCGUCCCGUCCUGUUUCUGUCCCAGACAGACAGACAGACAGACAGACAGACAGACAGACAGGAACUGUGUGAUCUCAGAUAGUGUGUUUUUUCAGUUUGUUAGAGAAUCUCACGUCUUUAUUUUUAGAUAAUAUAUAAGAAGAGGAUUUUAUCUUUAAACCUUAAAGCCCAUCUGUCCUGCCCCCCCCAUCCUGAACUCUCCCCCCACCUCACCUCUGGCGCUCCACAGACAGGAAGUGACCACAACAGGAAGUGGCAAGCGUGCUCAGGUUUCUGAUCCUCCUGCAUAUCAUCAUGGUCAUCGUCGUCUGGUCGUCUGUUCUUCCUCGGCUUUCGAACCGGACGGACAGCACGCAAAGUAUCUGACGCGGACCGAUGUGUGUCUAACAACCAAUCAGGACUCUGUGUGUGUCUAGCAACCAAUCAGGACUCUGUGUGUCUCUAACAGCCAAUCAGGGACUCCGUAUGUUUUCAGGAUCUUCCGUCCACUGUCAUGUUCGCCCUCCCCUCUGAACAGUGAUCACAUGACUCUGCUGUCUCGGCCCGCUAGGAACCUGCAGAAUAUUGUUUCCCGUGUGUGUGUUUGAUUUGUUGUACGGGGUUUCCAGGGGCGGGUGGGUAACGACGUCAAAAUCUAUCACAUCUUCUCUUCAUUAUGUAAUAUUCUGACGCGUUUUAUAAUAACAAACCCAAACAAAUAGACAAAAAGGCAACCAAAUAGGCGACAAAACGACGACAAAAAGGUGACAAAAAGACGACAAAUAGGCGACAAAUAGGUGACAAAAAGACGACAAAAAGGUGACAAAAAG